GGCUAUCGAGGUGGACUUGACACCGUUCAUGGACAAACGGGGCUACAGGCUGUGUACACAGAGUUUCGUGGUCGUGAAGCGAUGUUCCACGUCUCCACAAUGCUACCGUACACCUUAGGGGAUCAACAGCAACUGCAACGAAAACGGCACAUUGGCAACGAUAUCGUGGCCAUUAUAUUCCAAGAGCAAAACACCCCGUUUGCUCCGGAUAUGAUUGCUAGCAAUUUUUUGCAUGCGUACAUCGUUGUUCAACCUAUUGAUGCGCUGACGGAUAAAGUUAGAUAUCGGGUAAGUGAUCUAGGAGCACAAAAAGCGUCAAUACUGAAAAAAUUUUCAAUUUAA